AUCAAAUACUUCGAGUUCACUCGUACGUACACUUGGGGCUUGCUUUGUUCUCUGUUAUUUUGCGAAGUUUCGUAUAAAUAGUUGCUGAAAAUUAUUAGGAUCGAUUGUUCAUACGAAUUCGAUGACAGUCCCGAGUGGAAAUUAGGAAACACUGAGUUUUCAAACUUUGGAACAAUUGUCAAGGAUUUUUGUUGAAUCUUCAGAUUUUCCAUAGAUAAAAAUCAUGGCGCAGGAAGACAAGAGCGGAAUUUUGUAUCUCUUCGACCGUCCGGCUGAGCCCGUGUAUGUCCCGAAAGGCGAGAACAAGGUCGCUUUCGACAUCCCCGAAAGUUAUCUGCCCGACAGGUACAAAGAUGUCGCUGUCCAAGUGUUCAAUCGUUUCCAGGACGAUUCCGAAAAUCGAAUCAAGAUUGAGGCAAUCCGUCUUCCCGAUCUCAGUAUCCCGAUGGAGCUGGGUCGUCGCGAAGCUUUUUCGCUCUUUCUUCCUCGUCAUCGAGAGAUCGCUGGUCGUUUGAUUGACAUUUUCAUGGGAAUGCGAACGUACUCGGACUUGCUUUCCAUCGCGGUCUACUGUCGCGAUCGCCUCAAUCCCAAUCUAUUCAUUUACGCUCUAUCAGUCGCCCUUCUUCAUCGCGAAGACACUCGAAAUAUUCCCAUUCCUCCACUCGCCGAAAUAUUCCCGGACAAAUAUGUUGAUGGAGGUAUUUUCUCCAGAGCCAAGGAAGAAGCUAACGUGGUGCCACCAGGCUCACGCAUUCCCAUUGAGAUCCCUCAGGACUAUACAGCCUCGGACCUGGACGAGGAGCAUCGAGUCGCAUAUUUCCGAGAAGAUGUGGGCGUAAACCUUCACCACUGGCAUUGGCAUCUCGUUUAUCCAUUCGAUGGAAAUUUGCAAAUUGUUAAUAAAGAUCGUCGAGGCGAGCUCUUCUAUUACAUGCAUCAGCAAAUAAUGGCUCGAUACAACUGCGAGCGUCUGAGCAAUCAUCUUGGACGGGUAAAGCGAUUCAACAACAUUCGAGAGCCAAUACCCGAAGGUUAUUUCCCCAAACUGGAUUCCCUCGUGUCGAGCCGUGCUUGGCCAUCACGUCCAAGUGGUACACAACUCAAAGACGUAAAUCGACCAGCCGAUAACGUUGCAUUCGAUCUACAGGAUCUCGAACGUUGGAGGGAUUCGAUGUUCAAUGCUAUUCACUCGGGUUCGGUGACAAAUACCCGGGGCGAGACCAUAAGACUUACCGAAAAAGAUGGUAUUGACAUUCUUGGUAAUAUGAUGGAAGCGAGUAUCCUCUCGCCCAAUCGAAAUGUCUAUGGAGAUCUCCACAAUCUCGGCCAUGUCGCGAUCUCGUACUGUCACGACCCUGAUCACCGUUAUUUGGAAAGUUUCGGUAUUAUGGGAGAUUCCGCGACGGCAAUGAGAGAUCCAAUAUUUUACAGAUGGCAUGCGUAUAUCAACGACAUUUUCAUGGAACAUAAAGCCACUCUACCCGCGUAUAAUCUUAACCAGUUGGAUUUCUCUGGCAUCGAGAUAACUGGACUUCAGCUGUCUACUCCAAACAGCCCCGCCAAUUCAUUGAUGACCUUCUGGACCCAGAGUGACCUCGACCUCUCAAGAGGUCUAGACUUCACCCCGAGUGGCCCACUUCUCGCGAGAUUCACUCAUCUCAAUCACACCAAUUUCCAGUAUAACAUUUCUGUGAACAAUCGAUCUGGCUCAAUGAAACAAGGCACCGUGAGAAUCUUUAUGGGACCAAAAGUGGAUGAGCGUGGACUAGCAUUCAAUUUCCGCUCGCAAAAAGACUUGAUGAUUGAGAUGGAUAAGUUCACCGUGAAGCUCCAACCUGGCCAAAAUUCCAUCAAGCGAAGCUCCACCGAUUCUUCAGUGACCAUUCCGUUCGAAAGGACAUUCCGAAAUUUGGAAAAUAAUCCAGCAGCAGGAGGUAUCCCGACCGAUGCAUUCAACUUCUGCGGUUGUGGAUGGCCUCAACACAUGCUGGUACCGAAAGGCAAUAAAGAAGGCUUCCCCAUGGAUUUGUUCGUCAUGGUCUCUGACUACGAGCAAGACGCCGUUAAUCAGGCAGCUCCUGUCGGAUGUAGCGACGCCGUGAGCUUCUGUGGUCUUCGCGAUCGCAAGUACCCGGAUGCUCGUCCAAUGGGUUAUCCCUUCGAUCGUAACCCACGCAAUGGUGUUGAAUCUUUGCCCCAGUUCCUCACACCGAACAUGGCUGUGGCCGAAAUCAAAGUACGUUUUACGGACACCAUAAAACAAAGACCCCGUUCCUCAAAUGUGUUAACCCCGAUCCGGGUGAGAAGUAGAAAAUAUCACAUUUUCAAACUUUCGAAACGAUUGUCGAGAGUUCUUUUUGGGUGGAAAGAAAUUUCAUUGAUUGGAGAAAUGGCCGCGGGAAACAACGACGCACUUUUGUAUCUUUUCGACCGUCCGGCUGAGCCCGUGUACGUUCCGAAAGGCGAGAGCAAAGUCGCUUUCGACAUCCCCGAAAAUUAUCUGCCCGACAGGUAUAAAGAUGUCGCUGUCCAAGUGUUCAAUCGUUUUCAGGACGAUUCCGAAAAUCGAAUCAAGAUUGAGGAAAUCCGUCUUCCCGAUCUCAGUAUCCCGAUGGAGCUGGGUCGUCGCGAAGCUUUUUCGCUCUUUCUUCCUCGUCAUCGAGAGAUCGCUGGUCGUUUGAUUGACAUUUUCAUGGGAAUGCGAACGUACUCGGACUUGCUUUCCAUCGCGGUCUACUGUCGCGAUCGUCUCAAUCCCAAUCUAUUCAUUUACGCUCUAUCAGUCGCCCUUCUUCAUCGCGAAGACACUCGGAAUCUUCCCAUUCCUCCACUCGCCGAAAUAUUCCCGGACAAAUAUGUUGAUGGAGGUAUUUUCUCCAGAGCCAAGGAAGAAGCUAACGUGGUGCCACCAGGCUCACGCAUUCCGAUUGAGAUCCCUCAGGACUAUACAGCCUCGGACCUGGACGAGGAGCAUCGAGUCGCAUAUUUCCGAGAAGAUGUGGGCAUAAACCUUCACCACUGGCAUUGGCAUCUCGUUUAUCCAUUCGAUGGAAAUUUGCAAAUUGUUAAUAAAGAUCGUCGAGGCGAGCUCUUCUAUUACAUGCAUCAGCAAAUAAUGGCUCGAUACAACUGCGAGCGUCUGAGCAAUCAUCUUGGACGGGUAAAGCGAUUCAACAACAUUCGAGAGCCAAUACCCGAAGCUUAUUUCCCUAAACUAGAUUCCCUCGUGUCGAGCCGUGCUUGGCCAGCACGUCCAAGCGGUACACAACUCAAAGACAUCAAUCGGCAAGCCGACAAGGUUGUAUUCGAUCUGCAGGAUCUUGAACGUUGGAGGGAUUCGAUAUUCAAUGCUAUUCGCACCGGUUCGGUGACGAACUCUCAGGGCGAGACCAUAAGACUUACCGAAAAAGAUGGUAUUGAUAUUCUUGGUAAUAUGAUGGAAGCGAGUAUUCUCUCGCCCAAUCGAAAUCUCUAUGGAGAUCUUCAUAAUCUCGGCCAUGUCGCGAUCUCGUACUGUCACGACCCUGAUCACCGUUAUUUGGAAAGUUUCGGUAUCAUGGGAGAUUCCGCGACGGCAAUGAGAGACCCAAUAUUUUACAGAUGGCAUGCGUAUAUCAACAGCAUUUUUUUGGAACACAAAGCAACUUUACCCGCGUAUAAUCGUAAUCAGUUGGAUUUCUCUGGCAUCGAGAUAACUGGACUUCAGCUGUCUACUCCAAACAGCCCCGCUAAUUCAUUGAUGACCUUCUGGGCCCAGAGUGACCUCGACCUCUCCAAAGGCCUAGACUUCACCCCGAGCGGUCCACUUCUCGCCAGAUUCACUCAUCUCAAUCAUACCAACUUCCGGUAUAACAUUUCCGUAAACAAUCGGUCCGGCUCACCGAAAAAAGGCACCGUAAGAAUUUUUAUAGGACCAAGAGAGGACGAGCGUGGACUAGCAUUCAAUUUCCGCUCGCAGAAAGACUUGAUGAUAGAAAUGGACAAGUUCACCGUGAAUCUUCGACCUGGUGAGAAUACGAUCGAGCGAAGCUCUACCGAGUCUUCAGUGACCAUUCCGUUCGAAAGGACAUUCCGAAAUUUGGAAAAUAAUCCAGCAGCAGGAGGUGUACCGACCGAUGCAUUCAACUUCUGCGGUUGUGGAUGGCCUCAACACAUGCUGGUACCGAAAGGCAAUAAAGAAGGCUUCCCCAUGGAUUUGUUCGUCAUGGUCUCUGACUACGAGCAAGACGCCGUUAAUCAACCGGAUCCUGAGGGAUGCAGCGACGCCGUGAGCUUCUGUGGUCUUCGCGAUCGCAAGUACCCGGAUGCUCGUCCAAUGGGUUAUCCGUUCGAUCGUAACCCACGCGAUGGUGUUGAAUCUUUGCCCCAGUUCCUCACUCCCAACAUGGCUGCCACCGAAAUCGUAGUAGUUUUUGACGAUCAAGUAAAACAGAGACCCCGCUACUAAAUUGAAGAUUGAUUGAUCGGUUCCACUCAAUAUAAAUAUGUCUACUUUGUUAUGAACUUUUCACCUGGUAACGACUGCUCAACUAUUGCAUCGAAUAUAUCAUUAUUACGAAUAAAAUAAAUAUUCCA